AUGCAAAGACGAGCACUGUUAUAUCAUGUUACUCCAAGACUAGUUUUCGGUGAUUUUAAUGACAUCACAUCUAAUGAUGAGAAAGCUGGCGGUCGUCUUCGAUCAGAAUCAAGCUUUGAAGCUUUUCGAUCUAUGAUUGCUAGUAACAGAUUACACGAUCUGCAAACUAUUGGUGGCAACUUUACAUGGGUUGGUUCUCGUCAUGCGUAUGUGGUUCGAUCAAAGAUUGAUCGAGCUAUGGUUAAUACUUUAUGGUCCGAUCUGUUUCCCUCAGCGUAUACUCAAUUACUUACUUGGAUGGGUUUUGAUCACCGGCCAUUACUGCUUGGCAGGAGCGAUGUCAACAUCUUCCUCCACAUCAGUUUGGUCAAGCUAUUGCUCACUGUCGAGAUGCUCUUGCACGGUGGAAACGCACUACCAAUACCAAUUCCCGUAAACAGAUUGAUGAGUUAA